CCUCUGCCCCGUCUCUUCCAAUCUCUUUCUUUCUCUCUUCAGUUCCUUCAGGUAAAUCCUACUCAAACUUGUACCAACUUGUUUUUGACUGACAGUGAACAGCGAGAGAGUUUUCUUCAUUUUGAGGGAACCUAAACACCUAUCUCUCCCAAGGCAAUCUGCAUGGAGUGAUCCCUCCUGUGCCUUGUCAGACCCCCACAUCGAGCCAGGAGUCUGCCUUCACCCGUAUUUGCAGGCAGUAGCAGAAUCCCAGGUAGCCAGGUGGGUGAAGGGGAGCGAGGACAUCCCACCUGCCUUGGAGAAGACGGCUUCCAACCCGCUGAGUAAGUGACCAGGUGUCCCCAAGAGCCUGACGAUGGACCCCAUUCACAUUAGCAUGUCCAGCGCUCCCUUGGUGAAGCACCCAGCCGGCGCUGGACUCAAGGCCAGCAGGCCCCGCGUCAUGUCCAAGAGCGGACACAGCAAUGUGAGAAUCGACAAAGUGGACGGCCUAUACUUGCUCUACCUUCAAGACUUGUGGACCACCGUGAUUGACAUGAAGUGGAGAUACAAACUCACCCUGUUUGCGGCCACCUUUGUGAUGACCUGGUUCCUCUUCGGGGUCAUCUACUACGCCAUCGCCUUUAUCCACGGGGACUUAGACCUGAGCGAGCCUGUGUCAAAUCACACUCCCUGCAUCAUGAAGGUGGACUCCCUCACCGGGGCAUUUCUCUUUUCCCUGGAGUCUCAGACGACCAUUGGCUACGGCGUCCGCUCCAUCACCGAGGAAUGCCCCCAUGCCAUUUUCCUAUUGGUCGCUCAGCUGGUCAUUACGACCUUGAUUGAGAUCUUCAUCACGGGCACCUUCCUGGCCAAAAUCGCCAGACCCAAAAAACGGGCCGAGACCAUCAAGUUCAGCCACUGCGCGGUCAUCACCAAGCAGAACGGGAAGCUGUGCUUGGUGAUCCAGGUGGCCAACAUGAGGAAGAGUCUCCUGAUUCAGUGCCAGCUGUCCGGCAAGCUUCUCCAGACCCACGUCACCAAGGAGGGGGAGCGGAUCCUCCUCAACCAGGCCACCGUCAAGUUCCACGUGGACUCCUCCUCGGACAGCCCUUUCCUCAUCCUGCCCAUGACCUUCUACCAUGUGCUGGAUGAGACGAGCCCCCUGAGAGACCUCACACCCCAGAACCUGAAAGAGAAGGACUUCGAGCUGGUGGUCCUUCUCAACGCCACCGUGGAGUCCACCAGCGCCGUCUGCCAGAGCCGCACGUCCUACACCCCAGAGGAGAUCCACUGGGGGUUUGAGUUUGUGCCUGUGGUUUCUCUCUCCAAAAACGGAAAGUACGUGGCAGAUUUCAGUCAGUUCGAACAGAUCCGGAAGACCUCAGACUGCUCAUGUUACUGCGCGGAUUCCGAGAAGCAGAAGCUGGAGGAGAGGUACAGGCAGGAGGACCAGAGGGAAAGGGAGCUGAGAACGCUUCUGCUGCAGCAGAGUAACGUCUGA